AUGCGUACUAUCGUACGUACUUGGCAGUGGGCUGACCGGCUGACUAAUGCGCGUCAAGUGGUCAAAGGUUACUGGAGUGUAGAACCGUUUGAAAUGCCUGUACGUCCAGACCGGUUGUCUCAACGCUCGAGCCAAAGCCCAGAAGACGAGGUUAAGUGUCGACGGGAAAGGGGAAAACUAGCACAGCGGGCAUUUAGACAGAGACAGAUUGACACUAUUCGUUCGCUGAAAGAAAGGAACCAGAAGCUGUGUGAUGCCAUAAGCACAAUCGGGCAGGCAGCUGCGGUGGGCAACGAGGCCUUGAGCAAAGCUAUCGCAGAUGCUCAGCGUCUCGCCCUUAGUAACACUAGCGCGGACGCAGCCGAGGACAUUCAGAACCAAAAAGAAUCGGAUGAAGACCUUUCAGCGAGCCACGGAGAAUCUGAGAUGAGCAAUGAUUGUCGCAUCAUGAAGCAGUAUCUCUUCGACUCGACAAGUUUGAAGAUACAACAACAAGAACGGCAAAACCCAAGUGUUGCAAUGGUAUUAUCAACAGAGAACCACGGCUUCUGCACACCAGCCUCGACGGGUGGACCUACGGCAGACAUUAAUUAUGAUUUUUACGCCGGGUUGGAGGCAGAUCGCAACAUUAUGAUUGCAUGGGCACCCCCCGAUAUCAAACCAUUCACGGGAGCUGCUGCAUACACCGUGGCGGGUCAGAUCCACUGGGUCACAUUGGCUUACAGCUACGCAGCCGUCAAAGCAGUCCGAGACUGUCCUAACAACAGAUCGUCAGAGGCGUUUGAGUUUGUUAACCAGGGGUAUGGUGAAGCACUGCGCCAUGUUUCCCUUGAUAGUCUGUACGACCUGGUACACGGCCGCUUGCUAUUUCGCACGCAAGGCUUCAUCGCGGGUGAACACGCAGCCCGCGACCCGGAUCUUGGCAAAGCGAUGACCUUGUCUAUCAUAGCGACCUAUAGUCCUAGGCCGAGUUCAGACUAUCUCACGGCAUUUGAUGUCGCAGAGGGACUGCGUACCCUUCUGGGCAGCCGAUACACGUCUUUUGAGGAUACUCUUACGGGGCGCAUUACUGAUGACAGAGUAAGAAUCAUGAGAUCGCUUAUGAAAUUCCUAGCACGGAGAGGCGUGUGCUUCGGGGAUGGGCCGAGAUGGCGUCAGGAUGACUUGAGUGAGGUGUGCGAACGUUGGCUCAUCGAAACCUAUUCUUUUACCUGA